CUGGCCUUCAGUUUGACUGCAGGAGGACAUCAGAACGGCUAUGAAAUGGCGGGUCUGUGCGCUUGAGGCCGAGGGCGCGAAGGUGCGGCUUGACGAGCAAAGCGAUGCGCGGCACGGCGCGGGCGGAAAGCGGAAGUGCAAUCUGAUGCAUCAGCGAUCCUCGGAGUGAAGAGGCACCCAAACGACUGAGCAGCGGGCGCAAGCAGGGAGCUGCAGCACCGAGAGGGUUAAAACAUGGCACCCUGGGACAAGAUCGACCGCCAUGGAGUCGCAACUUACAACUACAAUGGCAGUGGCAAGAGACACCUGAGUCUUCAGGUUGGUGACACCGUCCACAUCGAAGCAUCCUGUGAAGGCUGGUUCAAAGGUUAUCUGUCCAGGGACAAAUCCGUCGAGGGCAUCUUCCCGUCAUCCUACAUACAUGUGAGGGAGUUGGUGGCCGAGAAGAAAGGGGAGCAAGGCAACGUGACAUCAGCUGAAUUGCCACUGGUGCAAGAAGUGACAACCACCCUCCGGGAAUGGGGCAGCAUCUGGAAACAGCUGUAUGUGGCCAACAAGCCGGAUAAAGUGCAGCACAUCCAGCGCAUGAUGUUCGACCUGAUGGAGUGGCGCUCCCAGCUGAUGUCGGGGACCCUGCCCAAAGACGAAUUCAAGGAGCUCAACCAGAAGGUCACGUCCAAAAUCGACUAUGGCAACAAGAUCCUGGAGCUCGACCUGGUGGUCCGAGAUAGCAAUGGGAACAUCUUAGAUCCAGACAAGAGCAGUGUCAUCAGCUUGUUCCGUGCUCACGAAGAAGCCACCGACAAAAUCUCGGAGCGCAUUAAAGAGGAGAUGUCCGAUGUUCAGAUGGACCACUCGGGGAUGUCCGCACGUAUCCAGUCCUCUCCCACUCACAGCCUCUACGUGUUUGUCCGGAACUUCGUGUGUCGAAUUGGAGAAGACUCGGAGCUUUUCAUGUCUCUGUAUGAUCCACAGAAGCAGUCCAUCAUCAGUGAGAACUACCUGGUGCGCUGGGGCAAAUCUGGAUUCCCAAAAGAAAUCGACAUGUUGAAUAACCUGAAGGUGGUCUUCACGGAUCUGGGCAACAAAGAGCUCAACCGGGAGAAGAUUUAUCUUGUCUGUCAGAUUGUCAGGGUGGGCAGAAUGGACCUCAAGGAUUGCAAUGCAAAGAAGCCCACAAUGGGGCUGAGGCGGCCCUUCGGUGUGGCAGUGAUGGACAUCAGUGAGAUCAUCAAAGGCAAGAUCGAGAGUGACGAGGAGAAGCAGCACUUCAUCCCCUUCCACCCGGUGAUGGCUGAGAAUGACUUCCUGCACUCUCUGCUGAACAAGGUCACGGCAUCCCGGGGGGACAGCGGAGGUCAAGGGCUGUGGGUGACAGUGAAGACUCUUGUGGGGGACAUCACUCAGAUCCGCAAGGACUACCCCCAUUUGGUGGAUCGGACCACCGUUGUGGCCCGGAAACUGGGCUUUCCCGAGAUAAUCAUGCCAGGGGACGUGAGGAACGACAUUUACAUCACAUUGCAGAGUGGAGACUUUGACAGAUACAACAAGACCACCCAGAAGAGCGUGGAGGUCAUCAUGUGUGUGUGUGACGAGGAGGGCAAAGUCGUCCCGAAUGCCAUCUGCAUGGGGGCUGGCGAUGGUCCGGUGAACGAGUACAAGUCUGUUAUCUACUACCAGGUGAAGCAGCCACGAUGGAUGGAGACCAUCAAGGUGGCCGUGCCAAUAGAGGAGAUGCAGCGGAUUCACUUGCGCUUCAUGUUCCGACAUCGAUCAUCGCAGGAAUCUAAAGAUAAAAGCGAGAAGAACUUUGCGAUGGCCUUUGUGAAGCUGCUGAAAGAUGAUGGCACAGUUUUACACGAUGGCGGUCACGAACUGACCAUAUUCAAGGGGGACAGUAAGAAAAUGGAGGACGCUCACUGCUACCUGAGUCUGCCCUCAACGCGACAUCAGUGUGAGCAGCAGAAGGGGUCCGCCUUGAGCCGCAGCAGCAGCAUGAGCGGCUUGUCCUUCAACUCCAGGGAUAUGUUCGUCAUUUCUACACUCGUCUGCUCGACCAAGCUGACACAAAACGUUGGCCUCCUGGGACUUCUCAAGUGGAGAACUCGGCCAGAACUUUUGAAAGAGAACUUGGACAAGCUAAAGAUUGUUGAUGGAGAAGAAGUGGUCAAGUUCCUGCAGGACACUUUGGAUGCUCUUUUCAACAUCAUGAUGGAGCAUUCCAACACCAGUGACUAUGACAUCCUAGUGUUUGAUGCGCUGAUCUACAUCAUUGGACUGAUCGCUGACAGAAAGUUCCAGCACUUCAACACAGUUCUGGAGGCUUACAUCAAGCAGCACUUCAGUGCCACUCUGGCAUACAAGAAAGUGAUGACGGUGCUGAAAAAUUACCUGGACAUCUCCAGCCGAGGGGAGCAGUGUGAGCCGAUCCUUCGAACCCUCAAAGCUCUGGAGUACGUCUUCAAGUUUAUAGUCCGGUCUCGGAUGCUGUACUCGCAGCUCUAUGAAGGCAAGGAGCAGACAGAAUUUGAGGAGUCGCUUCGCUGCCUCUUUGACUCCAUUAAUAAUGUGAUGAAGAGCCGCUACCAGACGAGCGUCCUGCUGCAGGUGGCUGCUCUCAAAUAUUUACCGUCUGUCCUUCAUGAUGUUGAGACGGUUUUUGAUCCAAAAUUACUCAGUCAGCUUCUCUAUGAGUUCUAUAACUGCAUCCCAGACCGAUUACAGAAGCACAAAAUCCAGUCCAUGACAGACAUUGUGAGCAGUAAUUUAUUCAUCAAGCAGGAGUGCCGUGACAUCCUUUUGCCCAUGAUGAUCCGGGAGAUUAUUCUGUUUUUCGAGAAGCCUGACACCAGCAUAUCAGCGGAUGACAAGUGCUGCGUGGAGCUGCUCAAUGACAUUCUGGAGGUCCUGAGCCGAAGAGAUGUGGGCGAGACCUUCCAUCACACGCAGGAGAUCGCGAAGCACCUUUUACGGACCGUCAACACGACUGUCAUCAGGAUGGGCCGAGACCACCCUCUGAUUAGUCACUUUGUGGCCUGCAUGACUGCUGUCCUCAACCAGAUGAGUGACCAUCACUAUUCCUCGUACAUCGAGACGUUUGACAAGAGUACUGAGCUUGUGGAUUUUCUCAUGGAGACGUUUCUUCUGUUUAAGGACCUCAUUGGGAAGCACGUCUACCCGUCCGACUGGAUGGCCAUGAUUAUGGUCCAGAACAGGGUUUUUCUCAGAGCAAUCAACAUCUUUGCCAAAACGAUGAACCAGAAAUUCCUGGAAAAUAAGGACUUUGAAGUUCAGCUCUGGAACAACUACUUCCAUCUGGCAGUGGCCUUCAUCACCCAGGAUUCUCUGCAGCUGCAGCACUUCUCCUCUACCAAACGGAAUAAGAUUCUGGCCAAGUAUGGUGACAUGAGGCGGCUGAUUGGAUUUGCAAUUCGAGACACUUGGUACAAGUUAGGUCACAAUAAGAUCUGCUUCAUCCCUGGUAUGGUGGGACCAAUUCUGGAGAUGACCCUCAUCCCUGAGGUGACCCUGCGAAAGGCCACCAUUCCUAUCUUCUUUGAUAUGAUGCUGUGUGAGCACUCAAAGUGUGGAGAUUUCAAGAAGUUUGAGAACGAGAUCAUCCUGAAACUGGACCACGAGGUUGAAGGUGGCGGAGGCGAUGAGGAGUACAUGCAGCUUUUCCAGUCCAUCUUGCUGGACUGCGCCUCCCAACAUGCCAGUCUCACGACCGCCGUGCAGCACUUUGUCUCUCUCGUGAAAGGCUUACUGGAACGGCUACUGGACUAUCGGACAGUGAUGAGCGACGAGAGCAGAAAUAACCGCAUGAGCUGCACCGUGAACUUGCUUAACUUUUAUAAAGACAUCAAUCGAGAAGGCAUGUAUAUCAGGUAUCUGUACAAACUCAGAGACCUCCACCUGGACUGUGAGAAUUACACCGAGGCUGCUUACGCGCUGCUGCUGCACACCCGGCUUCUCAAGUGGUCAGAUGAGCAGUGUCCGCCUCAGCUGAUGCCCAGUGACUUCCGCAGCUCUCAGACCCAGAGGCAGCUGAAGGAGUGCUUGUACAACACAAUCAUUGGCUACUUUGACAAAGGAAAGGUUUGGGAAGAGGCCAUUUCUUUGUGCAAGGAACUGGCAGACCAGUAUGAGAUGGAAGUCUUUGAUUAUGAAGUGCUGAGUAAGAAUUUGCGUCAACAAGCAGAGUUUUACGAAAACAUCAUGAAGAUUCUGCGGCCAAAGCCGGACUACUUUGCGGUUGGAUAUUAUGGGCAAGGCUUUCCGACAUUCCUCAGGAACAAAGUGUUCAUCUAUCGUGGAAAGGAGUACGAGCGGCGGGAGGACUUUCAGACUCUGCUGCUGAGCCAGUUUCCCAGCGCCUUGCUUCUCAAUACUACCAGCAUUCCAGGAGAGGAGAUCCGCAGCUCCCAUAACCAAUACAUCCAAUGCUUCACCGUCCAGCCGGUCCUCGAGAUUCCUCCUCGGCUGAGAAACAAGCCUGUUCCCGACCAGAUAAUCAACUUCUACAAGUCCAGCUCUGUCCAGAGAUUCCAUUACUCAAGACCAGUACGCAAGGGCUCGGUGGACCCAGACAAUGAGUUUGCUUCGAUGUGGAUUGAGCGAACCACAUUCAACACGGCAUACAAACUGCCUGGCAUCUUGCGAUGGUUUGAAGCGAUCACCACAACCCAUACAACCAUCAGCCCUCUGGAGAAUGCGAUUGAAACUAUGGAGAUGGCCAAUGAGAAGAUCCUGACCAUGAUCAACCAGUACCAGGGUGACGAGAACCUGCCCAUUAACCCACUCUCAAUGCUGCUAAAUGGCAUUGUGGACCCUGCUGUCAUGGGUGGCUUUGCAAAGUAUGAGAAGGCUUUCUUCACUGAUGAGUACAAGAAGGAACACCCUGAGGAUUGGGAUAAACUGAGCAAACUGAAAGAUCUCAUUGCAUGGCAGAUCCCCCUGCUUGGCGCUGGAAUUUGGCUGCAUGGCAAAAGAGUUACUGAUGACCUUCGACCUUUCCAUGAGCGCAUGGAGGAGUGCUUCAAACAAUUGAAAGUCAAAGUAGAAAAGCAGUAUGGCGCUAGAGACCUGCCAGAGUUUGAUGACCGGCGGGCCAGUAGACCGCGCUCCAUGCUGAGGACGUACCGGCAGUCUGUCAUUUCUAUGUCAUCCAUAGGGUCAGACUGUGGGACCCCCACUAAGACUACGGCUGACAGCACCGUUCUUCUUGACACCUUUGUAACCAGCAAGACAGAGGAAACGCAGUUAGAAGAAACCCCGUCUGCUGAAGUGGAGGUCAGGAUGAGAAAGACCAAGAAGAGGAGCAAGAGGAGCAGCGUCAUCGUAAUGGGAGAAGAGAAGAGUGUGGCGGAUCUGCACAGUAAAAGGCUGUCAAAGAAACUGGAAUUUCGAAGUGACACCAACUUGUCUGACUCUGCUGAACUGCAAUCUGGUGUGUGCCUCCUCAAAGAUCACCACAAUAGUCGCUCCCUGCCUACAAUUACAGGGCUGGCACUAUCAGUGCUGGGCAAUACGGAUUUGGAGACCCAUGAAGUGUCACAGAGAAGCAGACGUGACAGCAAGUCCAUUUCUGUGUGCCUGCCACCUGAGAGAGGAACCCUGGACCGCACAGCAGACAGACGCUCUAAAGGAGUCAUCAAUCUGUUCUUCAAACAAAAGGUGUCCUACAAAGUUUCUGAAGAGGGUAAGCAGUCCAGUGAUCAGAGCCAAGAGCAGACGUCCACCCACUUUUAAACUGAACAAAUCCUGCAGCCCUCCAAGGUCAAUGCAUCUCUCCGAAAGCAUGCACACUUUGCGGAUUUUCAUGACUUUUACUCAAUUAGGAGAAUUUGUCAUUUCCAAUUUUUCUUUUUAAGUGAUUUCAUAGUAAUGGCUAAGAGAACUGUUAAACUCUAGAGUUAGAAAAUACAUCAGAUGGAGGGAUUGUGAUUUGUAGGUUUGUAGGGCCCUUGAUGUUAUUUUUACAAUUUACUGAACAUUUUCAAAACGUUCACCCUGCUGCAGUAGCUGGAUUGUUUCAGGAUGAGCUUCAGAUCGGCUCAUUGUCUCCACCUUGCUUUCAUUUAUUUUACAUACUUUACGUCAUGUUCUUCAAUUAUCUACUAUUGAACUUUGCCAAACAUAAUGGGCUUACUGGACCUGGACACUCAGAUAAUGAUGCUGUAAGUAUAUGGUAGCCCUAACUAGAAGCAGUAAUUUAACUUUUUAAAGUUUUUUUUGUGUUCUUUCAUCAAAGAUUUUUUUUUAAUAAACUUGGACUUGUUAAUCCCAAAAAAAGGUUUACAUAAAUCGA